AUGUCGAGCGUCAAUUCUCCAAUCGUGGCAGAGGUGCUGGAUCACCGCCCGCCCCCCGAUGCGUCGUCCAACAACGCAGGCGCAUCGGGGAAUGGCAGUCGAAGUGUUUCACCUCCACCCCAGAACACCACCGUGCUGCCCUCCGAAACAAACUCCCAGUCACAACCCAUGACCGCCACCGCCUCCCCCUCCUCCUCUUUACUGCAGCCCGCCCUUGACAAUGCCGAUAAUGCCGCAUCUGGCUACGGGACACGCUCGAGAAAUAGGACAGGUGGCUCCCGCCCCAACUAUGCAGAAGACAAGGAGAUGGACCUAGAAAUCGAGGCCUCGUCCAAGCCCAGCCGGUCAAGCAAACGCUCUGCUGCUGCAAGCGAACAACUGCCUGGGGGUGUUGGAGUUGCAUCUGAGAACGGCAGCACCCUGUCCGACAAACCCGCCGACAACGUGCCCGCAGCCAUAGCUGCGCCAGUGGACGCAUCCACGCCCACGCCCGCGCCUGCACCUUCGAAGAAGAGGAAACACCCUGGCAGCAAUCAUACUGUGGCCGCUACCCCUUCGUCAGCGAGCAAUUCCCGUGCAAAACCUAUGCUUUCCGUCCCCUUCAAAGGCUAUGUCGAGACAAACAUGAUGAGUUUCCAACGCGGUGGGAGCAGGUUGAACGGAAAGAAGCAACUGGUCGCGGAUGAUGGCACGACGAUUCAGGCUAAUGACCAUGUCUACUUGAUCUGCGAGCCGCCUGGGGAACCUUACUAUCUCGCACGAAUCAUGGAGUUCUUACAUGCGAAGAACGACCCCGAAGGUCUUGUCGAUGCCAUCCGAGUGAAUUGGUACUAUAGACCGAAAGACAUUGCUAGGAGGGUCCAAGACACAAGAGUCGUAUUUGCUUCGAUGCAUUCAGACACCUGUCCUCUUACCUCUCUUCGAGGGAAAUGCAGUAUACGCCAUCUCGCCGAGAUAUCUAAUAUGGACGAAUACCGUAGCCACCCAGAUUCCUUCUGGUUUGACAAACUGUAUGACCGAUACAUGCACCGAUACUAUGAGGUCAUUCCUACCAGCAGGGUUGUCAAUGUACCUCAGCAUGUGAAAACGGUACUCGACUCGCGAUGGAAGUUUGUCUUGGUCGAAAUCGGUCGAGGUCGGGAGUUGACCAGCGAGAGCAAGAAGUGUACAAAAUGUGAACAAUUUGCCAGCAACCAUGACUCGGUCGAUUGCGCUGUUUGCAAACGAACGUACCACAUGCAGUGUGUCAGACCACCGCUACUCAAAAAGCCUGCUAGGGGAUUUGCUUGGGCUUGUGCUGCCUGUAGCCGAGCACAGGAGCUCAGGAUGGAUUCCCGAAGCACGCCCUUGGGCUCUGAGGUCGGACUGGGCACCGAUGAUGAUCCGAUGGACGAGGACGACGAUGAAAACCAUGUCAAGGCAACGCGUGAGAGUAGCGCUGUUCCUGAACAUCAUCCAGAACCCACUCAAGAACAGAUUGCGCAAGCGAACCUGUGGCCGUGGCGCUAUCUCGGAAUCCAUUCACGAGUUGAAGACGCUCUGGAUUAUGAUGACCGGAUAUACCCUCGAGCUAGUUCUCGACUUGGUCCUCGUCAUCAAGCCAAUGUCAAUAUUUGGCAUGGACGUCCUGUGGAAUUGGUGAAGCCCGCCGAAAUCAAGAAGAAGUACAAAAAUGCGCACCAUAUCAAAGGCGCCAAAGGAUCCAAGGAUACUGGCACCGAUACGGACCGAGAUCAGAGUCACAAACGUCCCAAAUGGGUUAUUGACGAGCCUGUCGGCUACAUUGCUAGAGGGCAGGACGAGCCUGUUGAGAUCAAGGGUAAAAAGGAACAUACCGCUCAACUACUGUUCAAGAUGCCAGAAUCGGACCAGUUGUCAGAGAGGGGUGACAGCAGCGUAAGACCAGAGGACGCGGAGCAGUUGGUGGACGACUACAUGAAAAGAGUCAAACCGAUUGCAGCGAAGUAUAAUUUGCUCGAUUCGUCUGUGGAUUUCCUCACCAAGGCAAUUGAGAAGUUGCAAGAACACAAUUACGAUGUCGAAAAGGCGCUUAAAUCGAUGACAGAACUCACCCCGAGGGGCGACCUAAAACAGCCUGAACUCACCCGAGAAGAGCUCAAGCGUUUCGAGGAAGGCGUGGCCAAGUAUGGGAGUGAACUCCAUGCUGUGGCCCGGCAUGUCGGCAACAUCAAAGAGUCCCGAAUUGUCCGUUUCUACUACAUGUGGAAGAAGACUGAUAGAGGCCGGCAGAUCUGGGGCAGUUUUGAAGGAAGGCGCUCGAAGAAAGAAACCAAACGGGCGGACAAAGAUGGCAAUACCAGCAAGCUACUCGACGAUGUUGCCGACGACCACGAUGAUUCGGCCUUCGACGACGAAAAGGCGGCACAGAAGAAACGUGGAUUUUCCUGCAAAUUCUGUGGUACGCACCAUUCUCGGCAAUGGCGACGUGCGCCAGCAACAGCACCGGGCACCCUCGUUCCCAAAGAUGCAGCUUCACGGAACAGCAAAGACAAGAGCGGUUGGUGUACAUUGGCCCUGUGUGGGAGAUGUGCCUACCUCUGGCGCAAAUAUGCCAUCCAGUAUGAGGACAUCGAAGAAGUAUCCAAGAAGAUUGCCGCUUCGGGGAGCAGGGCGGCUAAACGAAAAGUCGACGAAGAGCUUCUUCGGACCAUUCUCGAAGCACAUCAGAUGUCAGGAGAUCCUCUCCCACCCAAAGCGGUAGAUGAGGUCAAUAAAGCUGGUCUCGAGGUCCCGCAAAACAUCAUCCAACCCGAAGAGCCGCCAAAGAAGAAAGGCAAGACAGAAAAAGAUGGGGCGCGUGCUACUCCAGAUGCUGUACCGGAGAAGAAGAAGGCGCCUGAGAAACCGCAAGAGCCGCCUCCGAUCGAACCGGACCCCCCUAAGGUCAAAAUCCAUCCGUGUGCUGUGUGCCGCGUCAUUGAUGUGCCUGGCCAGGAGCUCCUCAAGUGCCGGGACUGCAGACUUCAUGUCCAUGGUUCAUGUUAUGGUGUCGGGCACAAGACCAACACCAAGCCAUGGUUUUGUGACAUGUGCAGGAACGACCACAAUCUUCAGGUGUCUACAACCUAUGAAUGUGUGCUCUGUCCUGUCAAGUAUACCGCCCAGGAGCUGAUGGAACCUCUGAGAUCUUCGCAUAAGAAGAAGACGGACCGAGAGCGCGAGAAGGAACGGAUCGAGCGAGAGAUCAUUCAAGAAGCGAGCCGAAGGUGGCGCAUGGAGCAAGAAGCAGCCGGACGUCCUGUCAACCCUCGCGAAGCCCUCAAAAGAACGGCCUGGAACAAUUGGAUUCACAUCACCUGCGCUCUAUGGACUAAAGAAAUCAAGUUUGGCAACUCUGAACUGCUUGACGAUGCCGAAGGUGUGGGAUUCAUUCCACCGGAACGAUUCGAGCCUAUUUGCAAGAUUUGCAAAGUCUCUGGAUUGCCGACCGUCAAAUGCCACCUGGCCAAUUGCAAUAAUCACUUCCACGUCGGCUGUGCACAUCAAGCGGAAUACAUUUUCGGCUUCGACGUGCAACCGGUCAAGGGCAGUCGACGCGAUUCAGUCAACAUCAUGAAACUCGACUCGGAAAGUGGACAAGUCAACGCAGCCAUCUGGUGUCCGAACCAUGCGCCUGCGACCAAAUUCCACAGCAUGCUGGAGAUCACCGAAGGUGGACUGACCGCACUGCAAUUGUUCGCUCGGACGUAUAAGCAGGUAGACAACUCUGUCACUGGGACAGUACGACGGGCAGCCCAAUUUACGACCAAUCUUGCAAGCUCAGCGCCGGCGGUUCAGCCUCCUCAGAGACGCCCUAGUACCGUCAAUGGGCGGCCAAACGGUACCUUCGCGCACCCGGAAGGCCCUGGUAGUACGAGCCUAAGAGGUUCGCCCGCAGCGCAGUCGCCACUCGACUCAGACGAAGGGCCGAGCGAGUCUAGGACGAAUGAAAGCUCAAAGGACAAAAGCGGCAGGCAAAGGAAGUGUUGUACCUGUCUCGUGGAAGUAAGUCCCAAGUGGUGGCCGAUCCCGCAGGAACAGCCUCCGGUGUCGAAUGGAGUGCAUCCCGAUCCCCAAGCACCGGCGCGGGUUGAAUCUGUCAUGAGCAAUGGCAUUGUCAAGGUUGAGCCUGCAGACGGCACCGCUCUCGCAUCGAUCACCGAUGGGAGGGACCACACCAUGUACCAGUGCCACAAAUGUCAUGUGUUGAAGCGGACUCCUCCUUCGUCACCGUCUCAAGUCAAACCACGAGAAAAGCCCGCAGCGAUCGAACAGCCACCGGAGCCCGUGGCUAAUAUCCAGCCCCCUUACCCUCCACCACCGCCGAACGUCUAUGCGCUGGGUCGCCCUCCCAUAGAAGGAGCACCACAUACACAUCCUCAUCUCGCUGGUCCUCCGGCCGCCCAUUAUCCACCUUGGUCGAACGGUCCUCCUCAGUGGCCUUCCCCUGCUCUACGAGCGGCUGGCCGGCCAUCUCCUCCACCGGUCCCAGGACUCUAUGGACAGCCUUUGUACAGGCCGCCUCCACCACCCGAGUACAGCGCACCAUAUGGCCGGCCAGGCCAUCCUCCCCCCACCGUAUGGACAUCCUCCGCCGCCCCUGCCACCUCACCAUCAUGGGCCACCAUCGAUCGGUACUUCACCACAAGUCAGCCGGCCACUUUCACCUCCGCGAUAUACGUCUGA